AUGGACUUUGAGGAGGAAGACCUGUUUACAGAAAGAAAUGAGUUCAACUUUGAAUCCAAACUGAUUCGAAAUGACAACAAAAACAUAUACAACCGCCUCUGCUCGAUUGUAGAUGACGCCACAUUUGUCAUGAAGGUAGCAGACUUGAUGCCCAGUUUAGCAUUAAUUGCAAAUGAGCGUUGUGGAUCUUGGUACAUUGAUCGUACAAAGAGAAAAGCUUAUUCCGCCUAUUUCAAGUCAACAGAUGGACAUAUGCACAUUUGGGAUUUCAACAUUCGUCGCAACAACCUUCAUCUUAUACCCAUCUUAAUGCGUCACAAUGGCUGUCUUAUUGUGGAUUCCACUCGAAAAGGAAAGCGUAUUCCAGAUGCAUUAUCAAAGACCAUCCCCAUCUGGUGUUGCACAGUCAACAGAGCAGUGGCAACCUAUGCUGGCUACACUGCAGACGAUGGCUGGGACCUGGAUCUACACACAUUACCGUCCGCCGUAUCUCGAUCAGAACAUGCGCAAAUUGAGGCGAGACUGGAUGGAUUUGUGGAUAAACUGCUCACCUCGGGUGUGGAUAUAAAGCAUCUCGCCAGUCAACUCAAGAAACCGUUGAGGCCCAUCUGGUUUACACCACAAUCAUAUGAUGCAUUGAUGGAGUCACCACCAGAUUUUCAAGACGCUUCCUUUUGUCCUGUGGUUUGUCUCAGUGCUUCAGAGGCAGUUGAAUCAGGAUACCAAUUGAGACCCGGAUACCUGUAUGUUCAGGGCUCUGCGGAUGAUGAGGAAGCUUGGGCAUUGGGAUUGACUCACUUGGCAUUCUGGAAACAUCGUCAUGACAUAUUGACCACCUCAAACGAAUGCGAACGUAAUGUCAAGUCGCUUGUUGCACGUUUAAAGAAUAGUUCCGGGCAGAGCGAUGAUGACUAUGAUGAUGACAGCACAAGGCAUUAUGCGUUUAUCAAAUCCACACUACUGGCCAUUGGCGAUGAUCGCAGUGGCAAGCCUCCGCAAUGUUGGGAUACGUUUGAUUGUGUGAUCGAUUGCAGUCAAGACGAAUAUGAACUGAAUAGAGAGCAUGAGCAUUACUUGCAUCUGCCUAUACCAGACGGAAAGAAGGGCCAAAUCAUAUUUGGUGCCUGUAUACAAAAGGCAAUCGAUUUUGUGCGUGAUCCCCUUAUGAAAAACAAAAAGAUUCUCGUCUAUUGUGCUACAGGCAAAGACCACUCUGUAGGCAUCUUGCUGUCGAUAUUGAUCCACUACUAUACCUUGGAAUUCAAGUUAAAUACAGCAGAGAAGCCACGUGUGGACAAAAAGAUGAUUCAACAUCAACUAGUCCAGAUUAUAUCGAAUUGGGAAAAGGCUGCACCCUCCAGGGUAACAUUAAAGCGUAUAAACACACAUUUUAUGAGUCAUUCGUCCCAUGAUGAUACAAAAUAA